CAUGUGGUCCUAGAUCGUUCUCCGUAAAUUUGGUCGUUAGGUGUUACGCAGCAACGGUCGCAAAUUACACAGUCGCAUUUAUUGAAACAAGCUUCCAAUUUGUGGUGAUUUUUAUCUGUGGACAUCAUGUAUUUCAGCAUGCACAUGUGGGGUGAGCCGUGCUCCGUGGCUCACGGGAGACGUUCCCUGGAAAAGGCCGCAAAACGAAUCAGAAAGAUCCUGCCCUGGAUUCCGUCCGAAGAGGUGAUAAUCCAGUUCAUGUCGAACCUACCGGAAUGCCGACCCACCGAGCGCAACAUCCUUACUAUCCAGCACUUCAUCAGCCAGCAUGACAAGGAGAGUGUGCAUGAGGGGGACUGGCUCUAUGAGGCCUUCGAGUUGCGCAAGCUGUUCCCUGACAUGGACGAAAUGAUAUUCUACAGGAGCUUGUCUGAGCUGGGCAACAUACCGAACAGGUUGGAGAUCGUCGUCAGACAGAUAAUCAACCAGCCGAGGCCGAAGGACAACGCAAAGCGGGCCUCCACCGACAUCUCACCUCAGAAGAACAAAAUCAUUAAGGUCAACAACAACCAGUGGCCCAACCUCGAGAUUAAUAACGAGUAUUUGCCCGGCAUUCCAAGGAAGCGCCCAGCACCUUGCACUGUGACCAGGGAGGCGGACUUGGACGUCCAGUUUCAACCCAACAACGGGGACGUCACCUCCACAGGCAUGCACAAUGUACAAUACAUUCAACAACCUGAAACCGACACUCACAACACUGUAAUGGAGCUCCUCCAACUCCACCCAAACAAUCUACCAGACGACUUGGAAGUUAAUCAAGUUUAUGCCUUAUUCGAUGGAUAUGGCACCCCUGAGGGGAUGAACCAGGAGAACCUGCCUGGUGGAAGUGGCGAUUCUUCGAAAACCAAUGACAUACAAAAAGAAGGUGCUGCUUGGCAAUACAAUAAUCUACUUUCUUUUGAAAAUAUUGCACUCAACGCUGCAAUAGACAAUAACCCUCCCCCUACAGCCAUGAACGAGGUGCCCACCACAUCACAGGGCCUCCCCUCGAUGGUAGACGCAGUAAACAAUCUUGCAACGUCUGCAAACAAUCAGGCUUUUUUACAAGUACCAGGGAGCCAAGCUGGGGCCACUCACGCUUUCAAGGAUAUGCCUAUAUUGGAGGAAGACACAAGUAAAAUGAAUAAGUCUUCAUGCAUGAACGAAACAAUUGACGAAGUAUCAAAAACAAAUCCAAUACCCUUAGUCGCUUCUCAAGGGGCUAUUAAAAAGAUUCUAGAUUUGCCCUCCACAUCGGGUUUGACGUACAAAAAGAAGGUGAAGCCAUCCACAUCAAAGCAUCCUUUGGGUCUGGAUUUGCCUUUAACCUCAAGAGGUAAUAGGGUUGAAGGACCUUUGGGGGUGUUACCUUCAACGUCUCUACCAGGGACAUCCAGGAGGAAGCAAUAUACUCGUCCAGUACCCUUUGAAGAGGAUCAUUCAGCGUUCUGGCUUCCAAGAAAAGCAAACGGUGGGAAACAAAAUGGACAAGAAGCGGCGGAUCAUCCAAGAAUUGUCGUAAGAAACAUGGACGACAUCAACGGAUUGCCCGACAUAAUAGAGCAAGAAAACGACGCGGACUUGGAUCUGUACGACGUCCUGACCACCAUCUCGGGCCGCAGCAGGAAGGUGGUGAAGGCGUUCUGCUACCAAAAGGGGCUGCGCCCACGAGGUCUGCCGGCCAACAUCGACAACGUGGUCGGCCAGCUGCUGGAGUUCCAAUACAAUGGCCCAGAGACCGACGACAACUUUGUAGAACUUGAUCUGGACGCCUCAGAUGAAGACACAGUAAUCGAUGUCAAUCCACCACAAAGACGGAAGGACAUGGUGGACAAGGCGGUGCCGUCCGAUAACGAAAAGGAAGCCACUGCCUCCGGCCCGUCCAACGCCCCCAUCACCGUCGUCGACAACCAGGAGUCGCUGACCUUAGGCAUCAAAAUGAUGGAGAUGUUCCCGGACGCCUGUCCUAACUAUCUGCGUUCGUUGUGCGAGAACCGCACCCUCCAGGACUUGAACGACAUCGUGACGAUGGUGUUCAACACCAACGACCAGUACCCACGCCGUCCGGUCCGUCCACCUAGUCCGGAACGGGAGGUCGAUCCGGUCGAACAGUUCGAGAUACUUAAGGGGAUAUUGCCGGACGCGGAUCCCACCUACCUGCAGAUGCAGUGCGAGCGCUACCGCAACGACCGCGAGGGGCUCAAGCAGUUCAUCGAGAAUGCUGUGGAGAACAAGGGUUAUCCCACUUUGAAGGAGUACAACAGGAGGCUGCAAUUGUCCGCCCAACAGAGGCAGUACACCACCGAGUUCGACGUCAAGGCCUUCGUCCAACUGUUCCCCGACCCGUUCAAGACAUUCGCCACCAAGGGGCGCCCUCUGCCCGAGUACACGGUGGACGAGACCCACUACAUUACCAUGUUCAUGCGCAACUUAUUCGACAAGCUGGCCGUCCGUGACAUCGCCACAGUGAUGAACGCCAAACGUCGCCGUCCCUACGAAGUGUACAAGGCCCUCACUACCAUGAUGAAGAACGGCCACACGCUGAAGUCGAGGAGGCGCACCUGCCGCCUGCCGGACGACUUCCAAAACAUACCGCUGCUACAGGAGCUGGCGUUCCUCCAGCACAAGGACGAAAUUAAGAAGUACAUACAGGAGAUGAAGGCCAAGGAGCAGGAGGAGCGGCGCAACGCCAAGGAGGCGGGCCUGAUGCGCACCUGCAAUUGCUGCUACGACGAGGAGGUGAUGCCCAAGGACUACUACGAGUGUCCUAAGGGCUGCGGCUUUUGCCGCGAGUGCGUGCUGAAGAGUUGCGAGAUCGCCUUCGGCGACGGCAAGAUCGACUUCCCCUGUCUGGCCGAUUGCGGUGCCGAUUUCACCCUGCACACCCUUCAGGAGUGUUUGCCGCCGAAGAUGUUCUCCAAGAUAGCCCAGAAGAAGACCUUGGCUGAAGUCAAGGCUGCGGGCAUCGAGGAGUUGGAGAGCUGCCCGUUCUGCGACUUCGCCACCAUACCGUACGAGGCGGACAAGAUAUUCCGGUGCCUGAAUCCGGACUGCAUGAAGGAGUCGUGCCGUCUGUGCAAGGAGGCCAGCCACGUGCCGCUCAAGUGCGAGGAGGUCGAGAAGGACGAGGAGGUGAGGGCGCGCACCUACAUCGAGAACAAAAUGACCGAGGCGCUGCUGCGCAAGUGCCACAAGUGCGGCGCCUCCUUCUUCAAGGAGGAGGGGUGCAACAAGAUGACGUGCUCCUGUGGCGCCAUGAUGUGCUACAUCUGCGGCAAGCCGGUCAAGGAUUACACGCACUUCAACGGGAUAGGCGGCGACAGGAUGCAUCUGUGCCCGCUUUACAGUGACACCAACAAGCUGAACGAGCAGAACGUGCUGCGGGGCGCCGAGAACGCCAAGAAGGAGCUGGGCACCACUAAUCUCAAGACUGAUCCAAGCGCCGACGUUCGUCAGCACUACGAGGAUAGGUCCAAGAAUUUGCCCAGGGAGGGCUUCAUGGAUUUGCUAAACGGUGACAAUGCCGAACUACGUGAGCUAUUUAGACGCAACGCCGUCCACCGCAAUGAUAGAAGACGCGCUCCUGUCUUUGCAGGUUUCCAAAUUCAGGUAGCCGCCAACGGGGCUGAUAUACUCAACGUGGGUAGACGUAACCCUCAACUACGGAUGGAUCGUCUUGAUCGUCUCGAUAUGCUGCAGCACUUGCGUGAGCAACUAAACCUUGCUAGGGGCAGGCAGCACCACCAUUAAUUUUGAAUGGCUUAUGGUACUGAAUUUGACCCAGUUAUGAGCAGUACAGCAAUACUAUAGGUUUACUUUUGUUCUAUUACUAUUAUUAUUACUAUUUCCAUGUGUAUGUUAUAUUCCUUUUAUAUAUUAUAUAAUUUUCAAUGUUUUCUAUGUUUGAAUAUAGUAUUUUCUUAAUGUUUACUUGAAUACCAAAAUUCAGCAUGUUCAGUUCUAGUUCUAAAUAUGUUUUAAUAUUUCCAAAAUUUGCCAAUUUUACGUUUGUUUCCAAAAUUACAGUAUACGUUUGAGUUAAAGCCCACAUGCUUAGAACGAACUUAACAUAGAACUGUCAAGCCAAAAUGUAUAAACUUACAGUAGUGACAUUUAUACCAAAUAAAAAAAAUCAGUUUGUGAAUGGUGUUUCAAGUAUAUAAGUCAGGUUUCUUUUAAUAUCUAAUUUUGUUUGUAAGUUUAUACUGUGAUAUAUUGAUUAAGGUCUAUUUUUAUAAAAGUUAAAUUAAUAAACUUGUUUGUUCAAAGAA